AAUAUGAAACUUGUUGGAGAUCUAGCAAGCUUCUGAGGUUAGAAUUUAAUCAAUGUUCAUCACACUUGUUAUUAAUUAAAAUAAAUAUUUAUUUAUCAAAUGACAGUGUUCAAAAUUUCGUAAAUAAGUUUUAUGAUAUAAAUAGAAAACUUUUAUAUCAUGGAAAUUUUAAGAAGAUUAAAGUUUAACAGCUCUUUUAGCGUGAGAAUACGCAAAAGACAUACACAUGGACCUGAUCAUUGGAGUAUUUUGAAGAAAAAAAUAACUCCAAAAGAUAAAGCUCUUGCUCAUUUUGAUGAUCUUUAUAAAUCAAUUUAUGGAAGUUCGUGGUCCAGUAUAAGAUCGUGUUUACUUAAAGAAAAUCAUAAGUAUAUUGCCGUAGUUAAUAAUUUUACAGAAUCUGAAGAGAUUAUUGAAAAAUUGAAGUUAUUAGGAGCUAUGAAUUUGAGAGAUUUAUAUGAAGUUCAUAAACGAAAUCAAGAAGAACGUAAUGCUAGAAAUUUAGAAAAAAAUAUUCCUAAAAAGAAGGGUAAAUUUGAAAAUAAUGACGAAAAUGAAUUUUCUGACAAGUCCAUCAAACGUAAAUUGGAAUAUAAAACAGAAUCGGAAAUACAGUCUUUAUUGCCUGAAAACUUUGAAGCUGCGAAACAAAGUCUGUCACCACGUGUCAAAAAAAAUGACGAAGAGGAACCAGAUUUUCCAAAUGAAAAACCAUUAGAUCCAAUAGAAGUAACAUCAAUUGAAAAAGAUGUGGAAAUAGCAUCACCUGAAAUCAACCGAAUAAUUAAGCCAUCUUCUGGAUUAACUUCAUCAGCCCUUUUUGAAUACAUACCUGCUACAAAAAUUAAAGGUCUAGAUGAUUAUGUUCUUGAAUCUGAACACUAUAAUUACUAUACAGAAGCUGCGGAUUUUGAAAUAAAAGUAGAAAAAGAGUCAUUUCUAAAUUUUCCUGAACAUUUGAAACCAUUUACUUUUGAUACUGGCUGUAAUUCUUCAUUUCCAUCACCACGCAGAACUCAAAUGGAAACUUUUGAUUAUUACUUAUUGGAUGGAGCUUCAAUUCUACCGGUAUUAGCUCUGGAUUUAAAAGCAGGUGAUCGAGUACUAGAUAUGUGUGCUGCACCUGGUGGAAAAUCAUUAGUUGCAUUGCAAACACUGUUACCUCAUCUUCUUGUUGCAAAUGAUGUUAAACACAAACGACUUAAUCAUGUUCAUCGAGUGAUGGAAGAAUAUCUAGGAAGUUUAGAUUACUCUGUGGGUAAAUUAUAUUUAACAAACCAAGAUGCUCGUGAUAUUAAUGACCCAAACAUAUUUAAUAAAAUUUUAGUCGAUGUUCCUUGUACCACUGAUCGUCACAUGGUCAUGGAGGACGAUAAUAAUUGGUUUAAACCAGGAAGAACCAAAGAACGAUUAAGACUACCUGAAUUACAAACGGAGAUUUUAAUGCAAGCAUUGAAAAUUGUAACUCUUGGUGGUACGGUUGUUUAUUCCACAUGUACAUUGAGUCCUAUUCAAAACGAGGGUGUUGUUCAAUUAGCUUUGAAAAAAUGUUUUGAAGAAAACGGAAUUACAAUGAUUGUUAAAAAUAUGGAAGAAGGACUGGCACCUCUUCGAUUUCUUUAUACAUUCGGUGACAAACAUGGUUUUAAAUAUGGACAUAUUAUUCUACCUACACCUCAAAAUAAUUGGGGUCCAAUGUAUUUCUGUAAAAUGAUCAGGGUGAAGUAGGAAAAUAAAUGGUUGUUGUUUCGCAGUACCGAAGAUCCAGUAGACUAUAAUUUCUACGAAGAAUAUAGCAGCUGUUACGAAAAAGAUCAUUCUCCAUGUUGAGAUCGAGGGCUGUAAAAUUAUUUUGUAAAUUAAAGUGUAAUGCUAGGUAAUAAUAUAAAUAAUUUUAUAUAUUAAAUAUACUAUUUAGACGUUA